AUGGAUGCGUGCGGAUUGUCUGACGUGGCACACAUUGAAAGUCUUCAAGAAAAAUCUCAAUGCGCUUUAGAAGAAUAUUGCAGGACACAAUAUCCGAAUCAACCUACGAGGUUUGGUAAACUUCUUCUUCGUCUUCCAUCUUUGCGAACUGUCAGUUCUCAGGUCAUAGAACAAUUGUUUUUCGUACGGCUAGUCGGGAAGACACCCAUCGAAACACUCAUACGAGAUAUGUUACUCAGUGGCAGCAGCUUUAGUUGGCCGUAUAUGAGUAGCAUGUGA